AUGAACUCAUUAAUAACAGCCGUGGCUGUGUUAGCCGCAUCAGUGACUUUCUCAGUCGUCGAGGCCACACCUAUUAACUCGUACAGAAAUCCGUCACCGACAUGUUGCACCGUGGAACCAUUUUGUGGUACAGUCGAUCAGGACUCCGACGAGGGGUGCACUUGCAGUGGCUCAUGGCAGCCACGUUGUUGCUGUCCGAAUCCGCAAAACUGUCCUCAUCCGCGUCGCUACAAUCUGCCGAAGUGCAGACCACAACAACCGACGACAUGUCCUCUCCCGUCUUGCAUCGCCCCCCCAAUAGCAACGACACCUAUGCCCUACCAGACCAUCCAGUACUCCCCGUGGUCGAGCACGUCCUGUCCAGACCUCCCCUGCUCGACCUCACGCCCUUCCCCAUGCCCCUGCAGUGCACCUGUAGCAGCUCCAGCCGGUCCACCGUCUUGCGCCCCUCAGCAACUGCCCUGUCCGUUCUGUGCACCUCAGCAACAGCCGUCUUGUCCAUGCGCUGGGCCACCCUUGCCGGUUAACUUCCCUUCCAACUUCGCCGAUGAGUACAUGUCGUCAUCUACCCCAUGUCUCGCGCCCCCGCAACGACCAAUGCUACCGAAAUUCAUACCCGUCGCUCUGAAACCACUGUCGUUCAACAUCAACAGGCCAUCGGCUCUGUGCCGUCCUGGAUUAGGUGUGUAUGGUGGCCCAGCCCCGUCGAUAUUUCCAUCGUUGGGAUGCGAUACUCCGUCACCUUACGAAUUUUAUAAUUACAAAUAA